GGUCCCGGCGACCGGCAAAGCCCGACUCUGACCUACCCAGUCGAGAAGUAGAAUCGUGGUCUGGUUAACUGCAUCCUUUCUCUAGAUUUCCUUUUAUUCUGCUCAAGUCUUCGCUUGUGUCAAUCCCUAUCCACUUUCCCUUCUCCCGCAGGCAAGUGUCAGCCUCCAAACUUGAGGUAAGCAUGGAGCCGUCUCCCUCACGGAAUCACAGAGACCCCUUUUGCACCUUUAGGGUCCAGACGGGAGCCCGAAAAGGAAGUUCACGGGAUUGAAUGAGCAUAAUAGCAAAUUAAGAGACCUGAAUACUUUCCUGUGAGGAGUCUUGAACUUUGUGGCCUGGAACAAGUCAAAGUCCUCUUUAUUCUACCUUUAAAAGUCCUGAGGUUGCCUUUCGUCGGUAAGUUCAGUUUCCAACGAAAAAACUAAGCCUCUUCCAGCAAGUGUGUUUUAACUUUCAGCCGGGCUGUGAAUCGCCCUUAGGGGGUGCCCCUUACCUAAUACUGAUCCGCUUGGCGGGAAAGGGUGAAGGAAUUUAUUUUUGUUUUUUCUUCUUUGGUGAAGGAAUUUGGAAAGCUGAAUGAACUGUGAUGUACCUGUAUAGAUGAUGUUCUACUUCUCUUAUCUAGGUUUUGUUUUUUCUUGGUAAGAACUCGGAGACCAUGUCUACAGAACUCAUCUCAUCCACACCCGAGGAGGGGAGCUCUGACUCAGGACCCAGUUUUAGGUUCAAUCAGAGGAAGAUGUUAAACCUGCUUCUGGAGAGAGACACUUCCUUUACCAUCUGUCCAGGUCUUCCUAGAACACCAGUGGACAAACUGCCUGGGGAGUCUUCAAACCUAAGCAUUUUGUCUGGAGGAACCCCAAAAUGUUGCCUUGAUCUUUCGAAUCUUAGCAGUGGGGAGAUGUCUGCCACUCAGCUUACCACUUUUACAGACCCUGAUGAAGCUGGUCACUUGGAUUCUUCAGGAUCUCAAGAAAUGCAGUUAGCUGAGAUAAAUCAUCACCAACACCUUAUGAAAUGCAGUUCAGCACAGCUUCUUUGUAGUACUCCAAAUGGUUUGAACCAUGGCCACAGAAAGAAAGAUGCAAAGCGUGGAUCAUCUGCAAAUAAAGAAAAUGAAAACAAUACUUUGAAACCCUUAAAGUGGCAGGCACCCAUGAACCUGAGAUUGCAAAAGAGAUUAGGGGGGCCUUAUGUGUCUCCCCUUUUUCUGCUGGGCAAUGGAAACUUGGUGGAAAGUGAAAUGAAGUAUCUGGGCAGUCCCAUUACUACUGUUCCAAAAUUGGAUAAAAGUUUAGAUAUCGGAGAAGACCAGGUAGAAGAGAUUUCAGAUGAAUUGAUGAAGUUUUCCCUGGAAGAUCAAGAGGCCAAGGGCUUAGGUCUAAAGAAGACAGCCUCUCUCUGUGACAUUAAUAUCCCUCAGAUGCUGGAGGAAGAUGCUAACCAGGGGCAUCUGAUUGGUGAUUUCUCCAAGGUAUGUGCACUGCCAACCGUGUCGGGGAGACACCAAGAUCUGAAGUAUAUCAACCCAGAAACAGUGGCUGCCUUACUCUUGGGGAAGUUCCAGGGUCUGAUUGAGAAGUUUUAUAUCAUUGAUUGCCGCUAUCCUUAUGAGUACCUGGGAGGACAUAUCCAGGGAGCCUUAAACUUGUAUAGUCAGGAAGAACUAUAUAACUUCUUUCUGAAGAAGCCCAUUGUCCCUUUGGACACCCAGAAGAGAAUAAUCAUCGUGUUCCACUGUGAAUUUUCCUCAGAGAGGGGUCCCCGGAUGUGCCGCUCUCUGAGAGAAGAGGACAGGGCUCUGAACAAGUAUCCUAUACUGUACUACCCAGAGCUGUAUAUCCUUAAAGGAGGCUACAGAAACUUCUUUCCAGAAUAUUUGAUGCUGUGUGAACCACAGAGCUACUGCCCUAUGCAUCACCAGGACCACAAGGCUGAGCUGCUGAGGUGUCAAAGCCAGAGCAAAGCACGGGAAGGGGAACUCCAGCUACGGGACCAGAUUGCCCUCCUGGUGAAAGACAUGAGACCAUGAUAAUGGAGCAGCCACUGGCAACUAUGGAGUCACCAAAAGAUGCUGCAGAAACAGGCCAUCUUCUAGAUGGCUAAACCCAUGAUUGUUAAAGGUAUCUGCAGAACAACAGGCUACCACUAUUGAAAUCUCAUUCUCUUUUUUUUUUUUUUUUUUUUUUUUGGUUUUUGGCCGGGGCUAGGUUUGAACCUGCCACCUCUGGCAUAUGGGACCGGCACCCUACUCCUUGAGCCACAGGUGCCGCCCUGAAAUCUCAUUCUUGGGGAUUGGUUAGGUUUCAGUAGAGUUGAAACCUGGUGGCUUGUGGUUGAGUCCUGGAGCUGGCUUUAUAAGACUGCAGCCUUGGGUUACAUGGAGAUUUGUGUUGCUUCCGGGAGCUCUUGUAUUCCUCUUCCCGAUUACUCAUGUUUUCUCACAAGCUAGCCAACUCUUUCUCUCACUGUUUCUGGCUGUGCAAGAGAGUCGCCCAGCUUCUUUCUCUGUAAUUUGCUUGUUUCUACCUCUCCCUUUUUUUAAAAUGGAAAAAUAAACACUACAAAAUGAGAGGUAUGAUCAUGAGCCCAGCCUGCUCCCAGAUCUGUAUAAAGAGAUGAUCACCAAAUUAAACUCCUUCAGACAUAAUUGGGUGGCUAUCUUUAUUCAUA